AUGCCACAGCAGAUCGAUCAAGGCCACAAGUCUCCUCGCGCCAUGCCACACCCAGGGCCACUUGCACUCGAGGCCCGGGACUCGUUGUACCACAAGUACGCUGGGCUGCAGACGCUGGCGCAGGUAUUGUCUACAGUGUCGUCCGCGACCCCGUCCUCGUUCGCGUGCCUAAUCGCGUCGUCGUCGUCGUCAUCUUCAUCUUCAGCGGUGGCAUCCACCUCGUCUUCAAAAUCAUACCCUUUGUUGACAAUCAACAGCCCGACCUCCCCUAAUUUCGGAAUAGAUCUUAGCCAGACAAACGCCUUUGACUCAGGCUCAGGCUCAGGCUCAGGACCCAGUUCAAGUGCUCCAGCGUGUUCCACCUCUUCCUCUUCUUCUUCCUCUUCUUCUCACACAAGCAGCAUCUGGGGUGUGUGCUCCCGCCAGCGAGCACUAGACACACAGCUUCGUGGCCACACGCUAUACACCGACGAGCCUGAGGAGACACUGACUCCGAAGCAGCUCACCUUCCCUUCCAGUGCUGGUGGCAUAACCUCCAACACCAGUGCCACAGCAGAAGAAGCAGUAGCAGUAACAGCAAAAGCCACAACAGAAGCACUAAACAGUCACGACUCAGCAAGACUGAAUCACCACGCGCCAACGAGACCAAGUCAACACGCCGCUUGGAGUCGCCACCCACAGAGCAGCAGUAGCAACAUUGGACAGGGCGCAUCAUCACGUACCAGCACCCGCACCUUUCCACGAGAUUCAUCUAGAAACAGAACCAGAAGCGACAACAACAGCAACAAUGCACGGCUAUACUCCACCGCAGACGAGGCGUUGGAAAGGAUUAAUUUUUACGGUAGCAACUCUUUGCUACCGACAUACUCCAGUGCCAGCGCGUCCGCCUGCAGCUCCAGCACCGGCUAUGUGUCUCGCGUUGGCCAAACCAUCAAUGCGGAAUGCGCGAAAGGCAGGUCCUCCGCAAGCGGUGCGAGACCCGUUCAAUUUGUGGGGAGAACAUUAUCUUCUUCAAUUGAAGGGCGCGCUGCUCAGUUGUCCCCAGUACAAACACAACGGCAACGCCAGCCGACGUCCCAGACAGGAGGGUUCAAACGCAGGUUCGCGGAGAAGAGGGAGGCGUUUAUCAAUGUCCUCGACGCGCACCUGGUUGGGUACCAGAAUAUCCUCCCACCACAUAUCGUAUCAAACGCAGAGCAGACACCGAAGCCUCUGCAUGGCUUCGCGAUGCUGAAAGGGCACAGCAUCGCCGUGCGCAAGGUGCGCGAUAUCGGCUCCGGUAAUGGGACCGCACGUAUUGAGACCGUGCGUUCGGUACCCUUACCUGCGUCCAUCUCUCCAUCGGCCAGGCAAACAAAAACUGUCGAGAAGGAGAUGGAGAGUGAGUUCGGUCUCAAGGAGGAUAGCAUCUGGGCGCUAAAGCGCUUCAGAACGCGUGAUGUACCAUUCGCGGACGGCCUUCGCGCACGCUCACAACUGAAAAGCGAGUGCGAGGUCUACAGGCGCAUCGCAGAGGCGCCAAAAGUAGGCAAAGUUGGAUUUGAAUUUGUCAUGGAGUUGGUGGCAGCAAUGACGUUCCGCGGGGAGCAUUGUUUGUUGAUGCCAUUGAUGGCAACUGAUCUGGCAGACGUGCUAGACAGUAGGCGGACCAUUCUGCCUCGUAGCGAUACCCGCCGAAUUGUCGCACAGAUCGCCAUAGGGCUGGCCACCCUACAUAGCAUUGGCGUCAUACAUAGCGACCUGAAGCCUGCCAACGUCCUGUUCACCCCAAGCGGCACCGUGAAGCUCGGCGACUUCGGGCUCAGCUACCGCACGCCCACUAUGGAACCGCUGCACCGUGAUACGGUGUACUCCUCGCGCGCGGUCGGGACGCGCGGAUACAUGGCACCGGAGAAAGUUCUUGCAAGGGGGUAUAGCUACCCAGUAGACUACUGGGCGCUGGGGUGUAUUUUCGCGGAGAUGGUGGGCGUGGAGGAUCGGAUGCUGCGAAGUUUUGAUGAGUGCAGCGAUGUCAUGACAUGGGAGGAAGAUUACGGUGGUGUUGAGGAUCGCAGAGCAUUCUUUGAGGACCAAGAGCUCGACGAGGACUCCCUCAGUCUGGUCUGUGGGCUUCUGGACCCAAAUCCCCAGACGCGCUUCGGAAUACUGGAGCUCAUCGCUCAUCCGUUUUUCAUGAUAAAAGAUGAUGUCUCCGAAUUUGGCAAAAUUGGCAAAACGGAUCCAGAAAGAUUUAUCGUCGUGGACUCUCCAAGUCCCAGCGAGAAGUUGACACCAGCACAUCCGAUCGAAACAUCGGAUCCGACCAACGAUACAAUGUACCAUUGGAUCAAUCCCUACGGGCCUUACGUAUUACACUCCUAG